AUGCCACGUUUCGAAGUUAUCACCAAUCGAUAUGGAAGCAUUAUCGACGUACGAGAAUGCGCUGACGAGUAAGUGUGAACAUCUAUAAUAAAUAAUAAUAUAAAUAUUAAAAUUCCUGUACGGUAAUGGACGAACGGCUUCGUGUGCACCCCGAAGCCGAAUUUCCGAUCACGGAUUGCUGAUGUUGAGUUUUCGGUUUUUUUUUUAACUGUUGUUAUUGCGUAGUUAAUCCAAUCGUCGCGGCCAUAUCUUUUGAAAAAUUACUUACCGGGCAACGGCGGUUAAUUGCGGAUAGGUGGUAGACAUGAGAAAAUUCAUUUUUUUUCGUCUAAUAUUGUGCACGGCCAAAUUAAUUUAGAUUUGGCGAGGAAAGGAUAAGUACAAAAACGGUUAACUGUGAUAUGGACGUAAACGAGGAUUUACUGGGAACCGCAGGGAGAAACGCAAUUAUAUAUUUUUAAAAAUUAUUUUUCGUUAAAUUACGUGUACGGGCUACUAUAACAAUAUGAGUAAAAUACCUACUGCUGUUUUGUAGUUAUGGUAAAAUAUUGUAUGAAGUGUCAAGUGUUUGAAAAGUAAACGUUUAUUUUAAAUGUGCGGAAAAAUGAAAAGUUGAUUACAUCGAUUAUUUUUUCGUUAAAAAGAACAUUUUUAUAUUAUAUCAUGACAUAUAGAUGAUACUAUUUAUUGCGCACACAUAACACUACAUAUUAUUAUAAGUGUAAAUUAUACAAAUAUCGUUACAAAGAAUAGAACAAUAAUUACCGAGUCGUUAAAAUUUGGCCUCUAAGAACAAAAGAACAAAAACAAUGUAUGAUUGAUUUAAAGAUUUGUUCUAAGGACUCUUCGGUUUUUUGAAUAUAUUAUGAGUUACAAUUUUUACGCCCUCCUUUCUAAAUAUCCAAUGCAGUAUCUUUUUUUGUUUUAUCGCGAGAACCGAGGGUUUAAUUUACUGUGUUUUUUCCCCCCCGUUUUAUCGGAUUAGGUUACCUAUAUUAUGCAUAAUAAAUUAGACGCGUGUGAAUAUUUCUCUUUUUUCUUCCAGUUCACAUCAAUUAACCUCAUUCACAUUGUCCGUAAGAGGGACGAUUUUUCGUUUCAAUAGUGUUUGUGAAGAAGGACUAAAAUGAAAAUUAUUGCGAUAUUUUGAAAAUAAAUUACAAAUUCGAUUAAAUCCCUCCCCUUCUUCUUUUUAAUGUAUAGAAACCGUAGGCACAGUUUUCGAAACGAUCGAACAAUUGUCAUCAAAAUGCAAUAAUGGUUUUGUGUUUGUUAAUUUAGGCAGACUCGUUUUUGUGGCAUACCUGUAAAUAGGUAUACCCAUAAGUACAUACGUGAUUCGUUGUACACACUAUCGAAAAUACUUCCAUAGUGGCCAUAUACGAGUAAAACGAAUAUUGUAUUGAUGGUGGCGAUCGGAAACGAUCGUAUCUGGAAUACAACGCAGAGUAACUGAAAACCGUGCGACUGAUAACGGUAUAUAAUAUUGAAAAUAAAGACCGACAUUGGUGUCGUAAAAAUAUAUUGUGACGCAUGGACAAAACACAAUAACACCUAUACAGUUAUUAUUGUAUAGUCUGACAAACACAAAAACUCGAUCGCGUUAUAUUGUCGUCAAUAAUAAUUAACAAACGAAUGUUUUAAUAAUGCGAUAUUGUUACUGUUGCGUGAUCAGUGUGUGUAUGUGUCGUUAUUUUAACGAUUAUCGCUCGUUUCAUACCUACCACCUAAUAAUAGAGUAAAUAGUUGAUUUUUUUUUUUUUUAUAAAAAAACUGUAUUUUAAACGUUUAAAACAGUAUUUUUUUUUAAACAAUUUGUUUUUCCAUGAUUCUAUGUGUGUUCUAAAACGCAUACACACAUACACACACACACACACGCACAUAUUUUUUAAAUUUAAAACCGGAUGGUACCACACCCCUAUCAAUUUACAUUAAUAAACCCACGUAUAAAAUUAUUAUUUCUCAAUAAGAAAUAACAAUUUUAAAUUUCCACUGUGUAUUAAAUGGACCAAUUAAAACAACUAAAAAGGUAACGUUUUAAAGCAGUAAUUUGUUUUGAUUAUAAACAUUUUAAUUCGUGACAUACAGCUGUAUUGUAUGCUGUUUAAAAUACUGGUUCAAACAAGAAAAAAAUAAAAUAUUUUAAACAUACUAUCUGCUCUGCCUAAUAGUCUUAAAUACAUACCUAAAGUAAUUUUUUGAAUUAUCUCAUACACUAGCAGCUAGGGGGGGGAGUUACUCUAACGUUUUUAAUAAUAAUAUGUUAUAUUAUUUAUUUAUUAUAAUAAAUUAUAAUACUUGUUGUUAAAAAAACAGUCUCAUCCCCUCCCCUCUAUGACAAAAUCAUAUAACCGCCAUACUGACUACAAUAUUACUAAAUUAAUAUUCGGCAAGGAAUUUUAUUUCGUUUCAUAUUAUAGUUUAGUAUCGGUUUUGUAUUGAUAUACAUUCCCGUACACAUACUAUACUGCACCUAUUGCACCUAUUACACCUAUUACACCUAUUGUACUUAUUUCAAUUAUUAUACAUCCACUGAGUAUGGCACCUAUACAAUUGCACUGUUUGAGAUUAUUCAUAAGUAAUAGUGCUUAAGCAAUUAGUCUGAAGAAAAAAGGCACGUGUUUCGCCUUAUUUUGUACGCAUUUUAAAUGGCAAUUGUUUUUUUAGCAAGCAUUUUUAUAUUUAAUUCGCAAAAAUUUAACCGAGCGAGGUGCGUGUAUAUGAACUGUAGAUAUAUUAUUAAAUAAAAUCUAUAACCGGUUCGUGUUACCUAUACGUAAAAAAUUAUCAUUGUGACCGGUUUUAUAUGUAUGUAUUUUAAAAUCGAGUGAGGACACUAAACAUUUAUUCUAAGUAAUUAAUUUAAUUUCCGAUGCAAAGUUAUCAAAAUUUCAAGGUCGGCAACUAUUAUAUCCACGGUUUUUCAUACAUACGCAAAUUGAAGGUUAGAAAAUAAGUUAUUGUUCCACUGAUGUAUUGAUGGAUAAUGGAAAUUCAACACUAUUGUUCGAAUCACGCUGUUUCGUAUAUAUAAACAAUUAAAUAUAUUAUAAGAUCAUCUUUUACACUCUCGUUUUUUUUUUUUCUCAAACCAAAGUAGGCUUCCAGAAAGCGUGUUCUAUAUAAUAUUAUUUUUUUCCCACGGCUCCCACGGUUAUAUUGUUUUUCAAUGCGUAAUUAAUUUUAAAAUUUAAGGUUUUGACUUGUUGUGUAACAUUCCAUAACUAAUUUAACAAACACUCAUGUGAAAAACUAUGUUUAAGAAUUUUGAAAUUUCGUUAAAACGGUUAAAAUCAAUUUAUAGGUAAGUAAGUACCUAUAUUACUAAUAAUAUUAAAUUAAGUAUUAUAUUUUAUUGUUAAACUAUUUAUGCAAUUAAUUUAUAUUAAUUACGAAGCGAGUAAUGCGAUUACAUAGUUUGUUGAUUUAUAUGGUGUUGUCCUUGAUAUUCGUUUCUUAAUUCUUUUGUCCAAUUACAUAGUAUGUACAUUUAUACCAGGGAAUAGACGACAUGUCGUACUGAAGAUUAUCGGCACCAAGAUCAUCACGUUGUUUUUUACAGCCCAAAAAAAUGUUCUCACGGUUAGGGGAUACUUUUAUUUAGAGUUUUUUGUUUAUUUCGAUUAAAAAUGACAUACUUCACCUUUAAUAGGAUAUAAAAAAUACCAGUGAGCGGUAAAGUCCCUCAGUCAAUUUGAUGCCGUUAUAAUAUUAAAUUUUGUUCUAUUUUUUUCUGUACAUUUAGUUCGCGUUAUUUACUUUGUUAAGUCUGUAGAGAUAUUUCCUGUGAAAACAUAAAGUUCGAGCAUACAAAUAGUUGAGGAACGGGUUGAAUGUUUAAACCCUCAAAUGGCUCAUCUUCGAAAAUAACACUAUGUAUAUACAAAAUUGCAUCCUCCUGGCUUAAUUUGGAGGAUCUGUAGGGAUAUAAAGCUAAAAAGCACCCUCUACUUACGACAACAUGAUGAAAUUCAUAAUAAAAUUUUACUAAAACUAUAUCAAUUUAAUCUGCAUAAAAAAAAAAAAAAACUGUAAUAUUCGAGUUUAUGCUAAUUUGGCCCGAAAGGGACCGUUAAAAGUGUCAAAAAAUAACGAGAAAAAGACAUAUUAUGAUAAAUAUAACAGACACAAUGCAUACAGUGCAAUAGUUUCCAAUUUCGGGGAAAGUCCACAAAACAAAUUAAUUUUGGUGUUAGUAAGCUAUUUUUUUUACGAUAUUUCUUCUAUAAUUUAAGUGGUGUAAAAUAACACUAAAAAUUAACUAAUAUUACACUGUGUAUAUCAUAAUAAAUAUACCGCAAUAAAAAAACAAAUAAAAUAAAAAUAUUAUAUAAUUCGUAAUAACGACAAUCUGUUCAAACUCAAAAUUUAAACGAAGAACUUACGUGUGGACUACUUAUAUUAUUAUACUUAUAAUCACGAUCUCAACAACUUUUCAUAUUAUUAAUUAUAGAUAAUUGUAACGUUAAUUUUUUUUUAUUUGUAGAGCGUACGAGAUGUCACAGGAGUCACAAAGCCCAUUAGGCCAAUGGAGCAACAAGUACAGUUCAGUGUUGGCCACGCUCGGCUGUACUUUGGGAGCCUUUAACAUCAGUCGGUUCGCCAUACUCACAGUACAAUUUGGAGGUUAGUGAUAUUUUUAAUACUUUGUAUAUUAAAAUUGCCUCAUUAACUGUCAAAGAUAAUACAAUCAGAUGGCCAAUUAUCUCGAUUCUAAUUGCUUCUGGCAACUCGGUACGGUCCUUGAAAACUAUCAAGGCAUAUGCGUUACGCGUAUCGUACUGAAAUUAUUUUUUAUCGUACUCUUACAUAUUUUAUUGUGUAUACAUAAUAUUUAUGUGUGUUUCUUAUUUUUACAGCCAACUUUAUACUGCAGUUCCUAGUGUUAUCGUUGCUAGUCGGCGUACCUCUGUUUACAUUUCACAGUUCGCUUGGUCAAUUACUAGGCGCUGGGAUCAUGGACAUGUGGAGGAUAUCUCCGAUAUUUAAGGCGAGUUGUCGUUACCUCUAAAACAAUAUACCGGGAUAACGCGUGGCGUACAUCCGAUUCGGAUGUCCCUAAUAGUUACUAUUGCGUGAAAAAACCUAAUCAAUUUAUUUACGAUUGCAGGGAAUUGGCAUCGCACUGCUCAUAGCCCAAGCGUUUAUCGGCACUUAUACCGUAAUUGGCAUUUCGUGGAUGUUUACGUAUUUUCGCGAUUCAUUCAUCACGAAACAGGACAUUUACCGUUGGGCUGAACCGAUCGACGAAUAUAAAGAAGGUACUUAUUUAGUAUAUAGGAAAUCGUGUGAACCGAGCAAAUCGAUUGUUACAUUGUCGCAUCAACAUUAUUAUAAGUAGAUAAUAAUGACUUAAUUAUUUCGCAGACGGCGUGCCCUGGGCUUAUUCUACAAACGUCAGUUACAAUAUUGAAGAGACGGUACCGGGUUAUUUUAACAGCAUAGUUCUACAAAGAAAGUAUGUGGAAAAACUCGAGAUGAACGAUAAUUCGUUAAAACUACCCGUGGUCAUAAAUUUGACGAUCAUAUGGGCAAUCGUGUUCAUAUGUUUAAGUAAAGGUAAUAAUAAAUUAAUAACAUAUAGCGGUUAUGGUUUUAAACGACGUUUUAUUAAUACACAAUGGUUUUAACUCAUUUGAAUGUUUAUAAUAUAGGCUUAAAGUCUUAUAGUAAAGUGGUUUGUGUGUUCUCAUUGGUACCCGUGUUCGGUAUGUUCAUGUUGUGCACGAAAAUGUUGGGUUUAGCACCUAUUAUUGGAUUCCAACAUCACGACAUUUUCCCGGAAACGGAUUGGAGCGAAUUUUUCCUCAAUACCAAGGUAACACUAUAUUAUUUAUUAUUAUAAACAGUACUCAAUAAUAUCUAUUAUCUGUACUCCCCGAAGUACCAUGGAAUACAUUUCACUAAGUACAAAUUGCAUAGGUUUAAAGUUUGUAUUAUCUAAUUCAAAGAUAUAUUUGUCCCGAGGGAAACGCAUAAAUGCGUCGUUAGACUUUAAUUAAUCUUACAAUCGCAGUCAUUGUCCAAAACAAACUAUCUGUGUAAAAUUAACGACUAUAGUAUUCUGAUAUCGGUAUUUCGACAUUUUCAGAGCUGGGUGGCGGCUUUUACAGAAACGUUUCUCACGUGGGGCAUACUCGGCGCAUGCACAAUGCAAAUCACAUCGCACAAUCGGCCAAAGCAUUUAUUACAUAGAGACGCUUCGUUAGUGGUCAUACUAACAAUAGCCGUACUCAUAUUGGCCGCGUUUUUAGCUAAUACUUGUGUACAACUCUUGGAAGCACACGGAUAUGUUUAUCUACCCAGUUCUUUUGGUGAGUCGUCUUUUUACUCUUUUCAGGACGUUGUCGAAUAUAAAAUAAUUUUACUAAUACAUUUUUACCGAAUCAUAUUUAUUUUCAGAACGGAUGAGUUCCUAUAUCUUUUUGUUUAAACAUAAUUCCCCCCAAGUCCGUAAACAUCUGACGCCCGUGCGGUGGAUGCAACACAGUAGCCUGUUGUUAGGUGAAAGAACAAUGAAAAACAAUGUGCCGGGAAUGCCUCAGGAAAGCGGUUAUCAAGCCAUGCGCUUGGCCACCGAACUGUUUCCGGCUACGUUUGCCAUGAUCGGUGCUAAAAAUAUAUCGCCAUUUUGGUCUGUUCUUUUUUAUUUCGUACUCAUCAUGUUCGGUAUUGGACAACAGGUAAGUCAAAUCAUCAAUUGUACCUACCUAUUCAUUGUUAUCUAGUACGUCGAACCACCAGUUAUUUUUUCUGUACGAAUUCAAUUGUUACAGAUCGCAAUAUGGCACUGUGUUGUCAGCGGGAUUAUAUCUUUGCAUCCAUUCAAAUUAAGGAAAUGGCGUACAACAAUUACGUUUUUGUCAUGUGCAGCUGCCUGUUCAAUUGGUUUAUUUAUGGCGACUGAAGUAAGUAAUUGUAAUGCUUUAAAAAUCGUAAACAAUUGGAUUAUUUUAUUCAUACGUUGUCGUACUGCCGUUUCCCCACUACUAACGUAGUUUUAUUUCAAUUUUUUAUUAGAGAUUUUUUGUUUUCAACAUUUAUUUUUAUCUCGACAAUUAAUUAUCAAAUAUAUAUACAAUGCGUAAAAAAGAGAAAACAAAUUAAAUGAUGGUAUUAUUAUAAUAUUAUACGAAUAUCCAAUAUAAAACAUAUUACAAGGAACUGAAUGGAAGUAGUUAUGGUAGAAAGAAUCGAACUUAAUCUGGGUAAUAAUAGAUAUAUUAUGGUUGUCCAACGAGUAAUGUUGAUAAACAUACUCCAGAAAUGUCCACACAUAAGUAGAACAGUGUACUAUACAAGGCUUCACAGUGUAAAAAAACUAUGCGUGUAAUUAUCAUGCAUUUUAUUAAUGAUAGGUAAUACCUCUUUGUGUUAUUCUUUUUUUAUUGUGAUUAUCCAACAACGAAAUACUAUACCUAUUGUACAUUGCACCUAAUCAUGUAACACAAGUAUACCCACCUAUAAUAAUGAAAUAUACAAUAUAAUAUAUUAUAUGCAAGACGUAGACAGCGGCGUAGCCAGGAUUUUAGAAUAGGGGAGGGGCUAAAUAUGUUUUUGAUUUAAUCAUAGACUUAGGUAAGGGAGUUUGACACCUCGAAGUAGGUUUUUAUGUAACAGUUUAAAUACAAAUUAAUAAAGACAAUUUCAUAGUGAAAUAAGAAUGAUAUAUUAUGAGUAUAAUGUGUAUAAUGCUUUGACAUAUAUUGUCACUAUACUUAUUACACCCCUUUGAUAGCUGUAUCCUCCUAGAAUUUUGAGCAAAAGCAGUAAUUAUAUCUUUUACAUUUAUGUCUCAUGGCUAUGGCUCACCCAUUGAGUCUAUUUUCUGACAUAGUGCUCCUUCUUAUAGAAAACGUUCUUUCAUUAGUUAAAAAAUAAUUGAAAAUAUAAUUAAUACUCAAACCGUUAAAUAUUAUGCAUAUAUUAUGCAGCCCCCUUAGCCCCCCUCUAAAUGUAGGUAUUAGAUAAUAUAAAGAUUUUAUCAACUAAUUUUUGAAAGGACCAUUCGGUGUCUAGAAUUUAUCUUAAUAUCACUGCUGAUUGAGUGAGAAAUCAGUAUACCGGAUGAUUUUUUUAUCGUUAAAUACUCAUUCUUUCAAAAAGUAUUGACUAUUUUUGACAUUUUUUUUUUUUUUUUUUUUUUUUAAAUUUUAGAAACAAAUUGUUCUAAAAUGUUACAUUAUCAUUUAAAAAUCACGCGCCGUGUUGUCACACAAAUGAUCCACUACUCUUUCCUGACCCAAACUUAAAAGUGAAAUAUCUCGUCAACAGAUUGACAGAAAUUAAAAAUGUCAACACCGAAAUUUAUCCUAACUUAUACUCCAUCUAUUUAUGGACUUUUUAAUACAGGUUCCUAUUUAAAAAACAAAAGUAGGUAGUCGUUUCACAUCCAAAAAUUAGGGUGACAAAAAAUAAUGCAAAUGUAAAAUUGUACAGAGCUGCUUGUUACUUAAAUUUUCUGUAAAACAGAUUCCAAAAAAGUCAACACUUUCCGAGAUAACGAGUGUUCGACGAUCAAAAAAUCCUGAUACACCCGGUAUAUAUAUACUAUCAUGAGUUUUACAGUAAAAUAAUAGAUAAACGGGCUAAAUUGUAAGGAUAAUUUUGUCGGUUGAUUUUGCAAAAUGAAAAAUUCAAACGAAUAUUUGCUUAAUAUGUCUUAACGAAAUCUACGAAAUAUAAUAUGAUAUGCUAUGAUAAUAUGAUAAAUAUAAUAUAUGAUAUCAAUAAAAUUAAUCGUUUUCAGCUGGGUAUUUUUAUCGUGUAUCUUAUGGAUUUCUGUGUUGGAUGCGGUUGGUGGAUGAUGAUACUGUAUUUGCUGGAAAUCGGAGCUCUGUUCAUGGUUCGCGGUCGUCCGUACAGUGGCGAGACCGUAGUGGCUACACUAUUUUCACAAGCCAAUCAUCAUCUCCAAGUGUGGCUGGCUCCGAUGCUUUCGUUUGACUGGAACAUCAUCGUCCCCGUAGCCCUGAUCGUAAGAGAGUGACUACGAUAGUCUGAAUACUAAAUCUGAUGAUCUUAAUAUCCGGAAUCUCGUUCACUAAUACGCAAUUUUACCCGUUCUUGUUUAUAGUUGCUUAGCACGUCGGUGUUUAAAAACGGUGGGUACCGAUGGUUGUACAACUGGAAAGGGACAUCGCAGUCUUCGUAUUGGUCUACGUCUAGCAGGGAAUUUGGCUGUCUACUACAGAUAAUACCGUUGCUGAUCGUACCGUUCGCCGGGAUCGUUCAGAGUUGUCGGUACUUGGCGACCGGACCCCCGGACCUGUUCGACGUGAGUGAUUAAAAUACUAUACAGUGUCAUACAAUGAAAUUUUAUAAAUAGAUGAAGUUUUGGUUUAAAUGCAUAUUGAUUUGAAAAACUUCAUCAAUUUGUGAAAUUUGUAAUUUAGGUUCCCGUAUGAAAAUAAAAAUUGACUACUGGGUGUUUCACUCCCAAAAAAUAACGAUAGUAAUAAAAUGUUAGUUACUUGUUUUAUUAAACUAUUUCAAAUCGGCGUGGAAUGGGCUCAGAAGCAGUGUUGAGACGCAGAUAAAUAAAAUUCAUCUAAAUAAAGAAUAAUUACUCCAAAUUAUCUAGAUAUACGAAUAAAGAUAACAAAUAUUUAAAUUACGAUAAUAAUCAGAUACGAUAAUUAAUAAGCGAAUUUUAGUUAAAUAAAAAGAGAUUAUUAUUAUUUUUUUAAAUUGUUUAUUGAAAAAGUUAUAUUAUUUAUAGUAGGGAAAUACAAAUUUAAACAGUUGAAAUAAUUAAUUGAUUGCAUAGGGUGUAAAUAACUGGUUAGUUACUUCGAUUUUUUAACUAGACAAGUAAAACGUAUACAGUUACUUAAUGAUGUGUAAAGUGGGUAAAACUUUUUUUUUUUAUAUAUAUACAUUUUUUAUCUAAUUAAUUAGUACAAAGAUAUUUAUUAUAAAGUAGAAAAUUAAAAUUUUCAUUUAGACUCGACGAAAGUUAUAACAAAUAUUAUCUAGAUAGUUCUCAACGCCGGCCACAAAGAACAUUUCUUGUACGAGUAUUAUCAUUUAUUAUGCUAUCGGGGUCCAACGGCUACUCUGGCCUAAACCGUGACGUUUUGUUUUCUAAAUUAUUGUUUAUUGUUUUCGCUAAUUUAGCGGAUUCAAAUGCUGUACCGGCCUGUAAUCGAGACACGCAGAUCGCCAGAAAACGGCGAGACGACUCCGGAGGGGGCCGCGAACGGAUCGACGGCCGUGCAAGUCGAAGACCCGCCUCCCAAGUACACUCCGCCGCCGUCCUAUUCCACCGCUACCGGAGCAAGGUCUUUACGAUUCACUGAUUUAGUAACAGUUUACGAACACGACUAACAUCAUAGACACGUAGAAUAGUAAUAAUAGUGUUUAUUGCACAUGGCUUUACACGAUCGCAUCUGUUCGUACACUUGUACUAAUUUCGAUUAUCAUAAUUAAUAUCAUUAUUGUUAUGGUUUUUUUUUUCUGUUUUUUUUUUUUUUUUUUUUUUUUUUUUUGUCAUAUUUUUUUAUACCUAGUCAUUAUGCUUCAUAUUUUAUCAGACUGUCGAAAAAAAAACAAAACAACAAAAACCAAUUUUAAUAUUAAUAUUUAUACAUAUACUCACUAUCGUAUUUUUAAUGUACUUACAAUAUACGGACAAUAAUUAUAUUAUUACAUUGACGGAUUAACAUCUUCUUCACGUAGACUUAAUCUAAUAUGCAUGGUUAGUAUAGUAAUACACGGUGGUUGUUUUCUUCUUGAAACUUGACGCGGACUAUCGCAUAAUAUUUUCUCGUCGCCGGAGGAGGUUAUGCGUUAAUGAAAUAAACGGUGCAUUUCUGCUUGUUCCGGCCACAUAGAGAAAAUACCCUGCGAACGGUCCUCGCGGACAUACAAAUUAGACGUAUUUAUGAACUGUGUGUUUGUGUGUGUUUUUGUUUUCCUCAAAUCGCGUGGCCUGCAGGAUAGCGAAAAUGUUGCGGCAGAGCAUCCGGCGGAGCGUGCGCAGGUUGGCGCACGUGCUGGGCCACCAGUCGGCGAUACUCGGAGAAUCGUCGACGGCCAACGGCGGCCAACAUCAACCCCCGGCACAGGCGGCACCGCACCAGCAGGCGCAGACGGCCGUCCCGCCGCCCGACUAUACGACAGUGCUGGUCGAGAUGAGCCGAAAUAACACCGCCGGCGUCCAAGUAUCCGCCGCGGACGCGUCGGCGACCGGCGGCGGUGAAUCUUCGUCCGCGUCCAGCCUGUCCAACGAGCAGAGCACCAGCAUCGAGUGUCUGAUGGAACGCGUGGCGCCCAUAAACGUGGACAGAGUCGGCGUGGCGGUACCAUAG